AUGAGAGCCGCAGCGGAACCUGGCGCGGCUGCGUCUGAGGUGCCCCCCAAGAGCGGCGCGGCAUCGGGGGAGGCCGGCCGGCAGCAGGGGCAGGCGGAGUGGGGCAGCAAGGCGGGCGAGGUGGCAGGCAUGGUGGUCAUCCAGUGCAUCUACGCCCUGGUGUGCCUGCUGGGCCUGCUGGGCAACUCCCUGGUCAUCUUUGUCAUCCUGCGCUACGCCAAGAUGAAGACAGCCACCAACAUCUACCUGCUCAACCUGGCCAUCGCCGACGAACUCUUCAUGCUCAGCAUUCCCUUUGUGGCCACCUCGGCUGCCCUGCACCACUGGCCCUUUGGCCGGGCCCUGUGUCGCACCGUGCUGGGCGUCGACGGCCUCAACAUGUUCACCAGUGUCUUCUGCUUGACUGUCCUCAGCCUGGACCGCUACAUCGCCGUGGUGCACCCGCUGCGGGCAGCCACCUACCGCCGCCCUCGGGUGGCCAAGAUGGUCAACGGGGGGGUGUGGCUCCUCUCCUUGCUGGUGGCUUCACCCAUCCCCAUCUUCGCCGGUACAGCGACCACCCACGAUGGCCAGGCAGUAGCCUGCAACCUCCUGUGGCCCAGCCCGGCCUGGUCGGCAGCUUUUGUGGUCUACACCACGUUGUUGGGUUUCCUGCUGCCGGUGCUGGCCAUGGGGCUGUGCUACCUGCUGAUCGUGGGCAAGAUGCGGGCAGUGGCGCAGCGGGUGGGCUGGCAGCAGCGCCGGCGCUCCGAGGGCAAGCUGACGCGCCUGGUGCUGAUGGUGGUGGCCAUGUUCGUCAUCUGCUGGCUACCUUUCUAUGUGGUGCAGGUGGUCAACCUCCUGCUGCCUGGCCGCUUGGAUGCCACCAUCAACAACGCUUCCCUCAUCCUCAGCUACUCCAACAGCUGUGCCAACCCCAUCCUCUACGGCUUCCUCUCAGAAAAUUUCAGGCACUCCUUCCACGGCGUGCUGCGCCGCUGCCUCGACGCCAGCCUCUGCUGCUGCCACACCAAGGAGGGUACUGCUGAGGAGGAGGAGGAGGAGGAGGAAGAACCCCUUGAUUACUGCACCCCUCCCCGGGGGGACGACAAGGGCAAGGGCUGCAUCUGCCCACCCCUCUCCUGCCAGCAGGAGCCCGUGCACCCCCAGCCCUGCUGCAAGCCUGGACCCCUCCUGGCAAGGACCACCGCUUUCUAGG